AUGGAUAAAUCAUCGAAGAAAAACGAGCAUAAACAUAAAAAACACCGUCAUCAUCACCGUCGUUCUACUUCAUCAUCAUCAUCAAAUUCAAACAAAAAUGAAGAACAAUGGCAAGAAAUUGGUCAUAAUGAUAAUAGUAAUGAUGUUCCCGGUGGUGCUGUGGUUAAAGGACCAACAAUGCCAACACAAGCUGAUUUAGAACAAUUAGAAAAAGAAAAACCUGCACCAGUAACAUUUGCUCUUGAACCAUUUGAUUUUGAUUCAAUCGGAAGUUAUCAACGAGAGAACAAACAAGCAAUAAAAAAAGCUCAAACGACAGCUGAAAUGGAAGCAAUUCUGAAUGAACGUGAAUUAAAUCCAGCAUUACGUCAACAACCAAUUGAACCUAAAAAUUCAAAAUCAACUAAAGUUGGUGAUGCUGGUCUUGAAUGGCAUCGACGAGCUUAUGAACGAUGUAAACAACAAGCAAAAGAUGAGCAACGUCCUUUAAAUGAAAUUGUUUCACAACGAUAUGGUUCUAUGGAAAAAUUAAUGUCAUUGAUAAAUGAUGCUGAUGAUCUUCAUCAUCGUUCAUCUUCUAAGAAAAAAUUUCUUGAUCCAAAUGAAAAAGAUGAUCGACAUCAUCGUCAUCAUCGUCAUCAUCAUCAUCAGCAUCAUCAUCAUCAUCAUGAGAAAAAAUCAUGGAAAAGAACAACAGAUGAUGAUGAUGAUGAUGAACAAUCAACAUCAAAAAAACAAGCACGUACAGAUGAACAAGAAGAAAUAAAAACAAUUGAUGUUGAAUCAAAAGAAGAUGAUUUAAUAUCCGAAGAAAAUCUAUUAGAAUUACGAAAACAACUUAUUCGAGCAGAACUUGCUGGUGAUGAUGAAAUGACUGAAUUACUUCGUAAUGAAAUUAAAAAUAUUGAUAAUCUUCGUGGUAAUUCACAACAUGAUUCUACAACUGAACAACAGCAACGAUCUAAUGAUCCAAAAGUUCUUGUAUUAACAACAAUUGAUCGUUAUGGUGUUGAAAAACCUAUUCAUCAUGCACAUGACCCAGGUCAUCAACGUCAAUAUGGUCAUGUAGAAAAACGUGAUCGUCGAAAAAUGAAAAAAGAAAUUCGAAAAAUGCGUCAAAAUGAUAAAGAUCCAGAACGACAAGGUUUAUCAUUAAAUGAUCUUGUUGAAAUGGAAAGACAUUCAACAACAAAUACAAUGCCUGUUUUACCAAAUAAUAGAAAUAAUCAAACAAUGACAGCUGAUCGACAGUUAUUAACAUCAACACGUCAUUUAUCUGGUUGGUCACGUAUACAAGCAUUAGCUGAACAAAAAAAAAGACAAAAAACAUUUGAACAAUGUUGGUUAUGUAUUGAAAAUUUAUCAAAAUCAUUUAUUUUUGGUUUACUGGAUCAAUGGUUUUUAUGUGCACCACCACAACAAUCACUUGUUGAUGGACAUUGUUUUAUUGUACCUAUUCAACAUACAUCUAGUCGAUUUCAUUUAGACGAUGAUGUUCUCUCUGAACUUGAUACAUUAAAAGAACAAUUAACUGAUUUAUAUCGUAAACAUCAUAAUCAACUACCAAUAUUUAUUGAAACAUUUAAAAAUCCUCGUUUAUUACCACAUAUGUAUAUUGAAUGUAUUCCAGUUCCAAUAGAACAAGCAAAUUUAGUUCCAAUGUAUUUUCGUAAAGCAUUACUUGAAAGUGAAUCAAUGUGGUCAACAAAUAAAAAACUUAUUGAAUUAAAUCAUCAUCGUUCACGUACAUUAAAAUCUGUUAUACCAAAAGGUUUACCAUAUUUUUGUGUUGAAUUUCCAAUUGAUAAAAGUAAAAAUGAAAAUCUUUAUGGUUAUGCACAUAUGAUUGAAGAACGUGGUCAAUUUCCAUUAUAUUUUGGUCGAGAAAUUUUAGGAGGUUUAAUGGAAGUUGAUAAUCCAUUAUUAUGGAUGAGACCAGCUAAUAAAGAACCAGAAGAUAUUAUUGAAAAGAAAUGUAUAUAUUUAAAACAAUUAUGGAAAAAAAAAUAA